AUGAAUUCUUCAUCCACGGCUCCGGGACAAGGGCACACCCACUACACGAUCCUGGGUAUAAGUCGCAAACUCGUCCAAGAACAGUCAACCACGGCAGGGCCGCAUCAAAUCAUUAAACGGGCCUACCACCGCGCCCUCCUCCAAAACCACCCGGACAAAUACCCACAGCUCAAGAACAAUCCUGCCACCACCAGCACCCGAGCACCAUCUCACUCUUCUUCUUCUUCUUCUGCCGCCACCUUUUCAAUCGACCAAAUCUCAUCAGCCUACAAAGUCCUCUCAGACCCAAGGCAGAGGGCAGAAUACGACCGCGCCCUGGACCUGGCACCAAACAACCAAGGCCUCCAGCGCGGCGACGGUGACGAAGAAAAGUCCUUUCAGACGGGCAUCGAAGUCGUCGACCUCGACGACCUGGAAGUCGAAGAACCUUCCUCAGAAGACCCCGAAGCCGCUGAGUGCUGUUGGUACCGCAGCUGCCGGUGCGGCAACCCGCGCGGCUUCCUCUUCACGGAGGCGGACCUGGAGGAGGCGGGUGAGAACGGAGAGCUACUCGUCGGCUGUCAGGAUUGUAGUCUUUGGAUGAAGGUUCACUUUGCCGUGGUCUCGGAUGAUUGA